AUGGUCAACCAUGCAACACCUGCGCAUUCCGUCAACGGGCAGAAUGGCCACAUAACAGGAGGUUUGGACGGCACACAAGAUGGUGGACAGAACCGGAUAAUCAACGGAGGGGGAGGGGGAGGGGGAGGGGGAGGAGGAGGACAUGGGCCAGGGACCGGAGGAAGCAAACGACCACCAAUGCCGCAUCUUGACGACCUCAAGGCUGUUACAGUCAGCAUAGACCCCGCGACCCCGAUCGACAGUGCUCUCAGGCUCGCCGAAGAAGCACUCCAGCAAGCCAAAGCCUUCCAGUCCUUUGGUAGAAUUGACAUGGCCUUCAAGUCAUACAUCAAGGCCAACAUCAUAGCUCUGGAUAUCAUCCCGAAGAAUAAGGACUGGGCGCUGCUGGAUCGAAGCCGACCGAACGUAUAUAUGCGACAUCAACAUCUGCUCCGACAGAUCAAGAGCCUUACGUAUGCUUUGCCAGAUCAGUCAUGGCCGUCGCCCGGGAGGUCCAAGCCAGCCGUACACCCCAAACCUCAGGCUCUCCACGGUCAUACGCUUCAACACUCUGGCGGUCCGGCGACAACUUCUACCAACAAUGCAGCUCAGGACCUCGCUCUUCGCUUCGCAAAGCUUCGAGCAUACACCGCCAGUACCCCGAGUCCUGCCAACGCAACAACAAUACAGGAUCCUCGAAUUCGGACACAGCCCAUUCCGCAACCCAUAAUGCCAAUAAACCCACCGGCACCGCGUGACCCCCCGAGGUCACAAGUACCGAGUGUUCCUCCUGCUACUGCUCUAGCGGAUUUACCUCGCGUACCAGCUGCUAUCUACAACCCGCCACGAGGUACAGUGUCCAAUGAGGCAGCCGAACUUCCAUCUAGCGCUCCUCGUGCCAUAUUUACCAGAAAGGGCUCAACGGCAUCAGCUACUGGCAUGAAUAGGAAUGGCAGACCCCGUACGUCCGAUGAAAGUCUUGUUUCUGGACCACCUGUUACAAGUCCAAAGAUGAGACCAAAGCCCGCUAUACCCGAUGGUGAUACUAUCUCGGCCGAGGAGCUUGAGCGCUACAUGAGAGUUGGCGCUAGGGACGUGUCGAUUCUCGUCAUUGACAUCAGAAGUCGUGACGAGUACGAUGAGGGCCAUGUCAUGUCACAGGCAACAAUAUGUGUCGAAAAUGAAGUGCUGAUGCGGCCAGAUAUUUCCGCUAGUGAUAUAGCAGAGAGCAUGGUAUUAGCACCGCAAGCCGAACAGCAGCGUUUUGAGAGACGGCAUGAUUUUGACCUGAUUGUUUUCUACGACCAGCGGUCCAAACGCCUUGUAUCGAGUCCCCAGACACCAGAGGAACGAGCGGUCCUAACUUUCUACAAUGCCCUUACAGCGUAUGACUACGCCGGCGGAUCAAGUUCACAACAGCGACUGAAGUUGCUUAAAGGUGGAAUAGAGGCGUGGACCGACCUAGUUGGGACCGGAGCUUUGCAGACAUCUUCCACGAGUGCCGCUGCGAGAUCACAGCCAAGGCCACCUUUGACCCACAACCUCACAAGUCGUCUACGCAGAAACGUAACGCGGCCAAUACAAGAUCUCGCGGAGGUUCAAAAAUGGGAAGAAAACAUCGACAUUGUUACUCCGGUGAGAACUACGGAAGACUUUUUGCGGAGAUACCCUUCAGUUUCAACGAUACAGGAGUCCAUGACUUCACCUAUUAACCCUGCUGCCGCUCGGCCAGCGAGCCCAUUACCUCGACAUAUCGUUCACGAACAGAACCUUUACUCUUCGCUACCAUCUCCUCCAACUCGCCCGGCUCCGACCGUCCCACGUAGGAGUUAUAGCGGCCUAGCAGAAACCGACACCAGCACCACGGCAACGUCGACGAGAUCGUCACUUAAAUCGGGAAUUGAGAAAGUUCGCAAGUUUAGGACUGGUCUUGUCAACCCUGGUGUAUUCUGCUUCGCCAACAGCUCUCUGCAAGCCAUGUUCGCCACGCCUGGAUUUGCUCGCGAGUUGUACACGGGUGUUUGGAAGGAUGUGUACAAAGUCCCACUGAAAGCGGAUGAGAAGAACGAAAAUCCCCAGUUACUCACCAAGUAUCUAGCUGGUCUAUUCCACUGGCUUGAUGAGGGAACGCUGAGAUCGUUGGAAGCGAAGCAUCUCAUGGCUUAUAUACACUUUAUUCACUCCAAGAACGCGGAUGGCAGGAAGAAACCAGAAACGGAAAUCUUUGGCGGGCCGGCGCAGCAAGAUGCCCAGGAGUUCUACUCCUUUAUCAUUGACAACAUCCAUGACGAAACCAAUGUUCACCGAGACCGCAAGCCGCCCAAAGAAGAAAAGCCGUAUACACCCAAGAACGGGACAGUGAUCCAGAAUGCCAUUGAUUAUUGGCGUGACUAUUCAACCGCCAGUGCUUCCAUCAUUGACAAAUACUUUCGGGGCCUAGAAGUCUUCAUCUCCCGCUGCCAGAACGGCGAAUGCCGGCAAGAAAUCCGCAUGUUCCAGCCCUGCGACGUCUGGAUCCUCAACAUCGCCGCCGAGACAGGAGGCGAAGGCCAUGGCUACGGAGUCACGGAUCUUGACCGUCUUCUUGCCAGCCACCAAGCAACCGAACACUUCCCGGAUCUCAAGUGCGAAACAUGCAACCAACCCGGCAGGACAAGACGGGCCAAGUUUGCUCGACUACCUGACCGUCUUGCCUUUUGUCUCAACCGGUUCAACUCGUCCUUUGGGCAGUCACGAAAUUCGUUUUCCUCGAUCCUUUCUGGCGGUGGUUCCAACAAGAUCCACACCAAAGUACGGUUCCCGAUCCGUGACCUCGAUCUGACCAAGUACUGCGCCGAACCGGAUCCGGACAUGGCAACUACGGACGAUGCGCACUACGCCGGCCGCAUGAAGUAUGAUUGCUACGCCGUCACGGUACAUGUGGGACAGGGAAUCAAUGGCGGGCAUUACUAUACGUACGUGCAGGAUGAGCAGUCCAAGGACCCGACGGAUUGGUUCAAGUGUAAUGAUGAUUUGGUGGAGAGGGUGAAGAUUGGAAGUGGUGGUCCGGGUCUGAAUGGGAAUGGAAAUGGAAAUGGCGGAAUGCCGGACUUGACGGAGGCGAUGUAUGCAAAUGGGAACACAUCGGCUUAUAUGGUGUAUUAUCGGAGGCAGGGUACUUGAGCGUCUCUUUGGACGGAAGGCGUUGGUUGAGCGAGAUAGAAGGCUUCUCGUCUUUGGUUUUGAACUUGACACGAACGAUGACAAAGGGGAAACCACUUUUUGUCACCACUCAUUGUCGUUUGCUUGCUUAGACGUACUCUUGGGGACUUGGCACAUGAUGGUGUGAGAGUGCAAAUGUAUACAUACUAUGUCUUACCUUGUAUAUAAUUAGACAGCGCCGGCGGAUAUGAGAGCGAUGAUUGAUGAUGAUCAGUU